AUGGAUCCAUCUAAACAUACAUAUGAUUCAAUUAAAAAGAAUAUUAUAUUUGAAGAUAAACUUCAUUAUAAACAAGAUCAAAAACAAUAUAUUACUUGUUUAGUUAAAACAGAAUAUGCUGAUGAAUCUGAAUCUAUGAAACUGUAUUUAUUUGAAAAUAGAUACACAAAAAAUUUAUUUGCUUGUCUUGAUUUAAUUGAAUAUGAAAAAGCUGAAAAAUGUUUUUUUGAACCAAAAAAAGAUGCAGGAUGGAAAUUUUCACCACUAUCAAGACCAUCAUUCUGUUUUGAAUUAAUACCAAAAACUUCACCGAAAAAAGAAAUAUUUAUUUGUGAUACAGAAGAUACUCGAAAUAAUUGGUUACUAAUAUUGAAUAAAGUGAUUGAAAAGCUUAAAGUUGAAUCAAAUGAAACUUAUGGUGAAGAUUCUGAUGUAAAACCUGUUCAUGGCAAAAAUUCCAAUAAUGGUAAUGUAGCCAUCGUUAAAAGACCAGGACCACCUAUUCCACCAAAACCUAGACCUGUAGGUAUAAUUCCCAAUGAAAUUGGUACAUCAGCAACACCCUCAGACGAAAGUCUAAACUAUAUUGUACUGAAUCCAAAAAUAUUAACAUUAAAUAUAGAGAAUAUUUUUUAUCAAGGAAAAUUCGAAGAUUUAUAUAAAAUUCUUCACGAUAUCAAUAAAUCAGGAGUCUUUGCUGUCUCACAGAAAAACAAUCCUGAAUUGGAUUGUACUUUGGCAUUACGAGUUUAUGAAAAUGACCAUUCACCAAUAUUAUCAUGGAAUAUUUAUCAAAAUCGAAAACAUGAAGAAUAUUUUAUCUCAGAAAAUGGUCCAAAAUUUUCUAAUAUAAUUGAUUUAUGUUCACAUUAUACGAAAAAUGAUUUACCCGUAAAAUCAACUACAAUCAAUCGUUUAACUGUACCAUAUAGAUAUCAUUAUCAUUAA